UUUGUGUAAAUUUUCGUCAUAGGUGAGGAUAUACAAAACAGCUGUCUGAAUAAAAAGAACGUUAAUUCCUAUCACUGUUUUGGAUUAAGGUGGACAAGUUCACAACUAUGAUGGGAUCAAGAAACCUGAAGAUAUUAAUACUGACUACAAUGGUGUUGGCAAUUGCAAGAACAUAUGAUGAUACGUGUAAUUUCGUUAUGAUCAAACAUUGUAGUACUGAUUAUAACGAUUGUGUCUGGCUGAAUGAGUGGUGUGACGGAAAGACGGACUGUGCUGACCUUUCUGAUGAGGCCAAUUGUACAGAAUAUACAUGUUCAAAAUAUAGAACAAAGUGUGCUAACGGAUUCCAAUGUCUGUACAGACACCAGUUUUGUGACGGAGAAGUAGACUGUACGGAUGGUAGCGAUGAGGAUGAAGAUUUCUGUCAAGACUAUAAAUGUUUGGAUGGAUACAUAAAAUGUCGUGAUGGACAACAAUGCUUUAGGGUAGAUGCUAUGUGUCGGGAUAUUACUUGGCGUAAUCAUUGCAAUGAUGGCUCUGAUAUGGACGAAGAAUUUUGUAAAGAUGCAGAUUGCGGUGCAAACGCAAGGAAGUGUGAUGAUGGUACUCACUGUGUAUAUGAAGCUGAAAUGUGUAAUGGAUUUCAGACCUGCCCCGAUGGCAGUGAUGAAGCACCGCAAAAUUGUACAAAGGACAGUCAAUGUCAAUAUGGUUUAUGGAAGUGUGCCAAUGGAGUCGAGUGUAUAUACGAAAUGCGUGUCUGUGACAAUUGGUGGUAUUGUAGUGACAAAUCAGACGAGAACCCAGAACUGUGCACUCAAGACAGACAGUGUAUAUCUGGGUACUCUAAAUGUGCCGAUGGAAUACAGUGUAUUCCUGAUGGAAUGGCAUGCACUGGUGAUAGCGAAUGUAGGGACCACUCAGACGAAUCACCUGAGAUUUGUCAAAACAAGCUACCCCCAGUCGUUAAAGAUUUACGUGCAAUACCGUAUCAAGGAUAUAUCAAAGUAUUUUGGGCAUGGCCAGACUUUGCUGGAUCUGCAAGUGGAUACAAAAUAAUUUAUGGCAAGGAACUGUCAAGUUUAAGAUAUACACAAGACCUUGGACCAAGCAGAAUCAUGCACAUAAUCAAUAACUUAGAACCAAAUACUAGUUAUUCAAUAAGCGUCGUAACGUAUAACAAAUUGGGCGUAGGACAGAAAGUUACCAUUAAGGCGAUGACUCCUGGAGUAUAAACUAUGAAGGUGUAGCUAUGGCUUACUGCUUACUAAUGAAAUGUGCUGAAGAAAAAGCAGUUAACUCCGUUUGAUUGAUUUGUUAUCAAUCGUGCUACAUUUUAAAUAUAAAUAAAUUUCUGAUUAUCGUA